ACGGUGGAAAACCCGCUAAUAAAUCAGGCAAGGUCUGUAGGCCUGUCUUCCUUCCUCACAUUCUUUUGUGUAUAAUGAAAUGAACCAAGAUCUAAACCUCUUCUUCUCCGAAGAAGAUGGCGAAGUCAAAUGCUCAACAACAGCAAAACCCUGCUCUCCUUCUUGAUGCUCUCUACUGUUCAGAAGAGAAUUGGGAGGUCCAAGAAGAACUAGAUGAAAACUAUGAUUUUAUUAACGACAAUCCUAAUCAAUUACCAAUCUUGCUAGAACAAGACUUGUUUUGGGAAGAUGACGAAGCUACCACAUUAUUAUCCAAGGAAGUACCAAACCAUCUGUGUCAAAACCUGGAAACUAGCCCACCUCUGGCAACUGCUCGCCGUCAAGCGGUGGAGUGGAUUCUCAAGGUCAAUGCCCACUACUCUUUCACUGCCCUCACUGCAGUUCUUGCUGUCAACUAUCUUGACAGGUUCCUGUUCAGUUUCCACUUCCAGAGAGAUAAGCCAUGGAUGACACAACUGGUUGCCGUGGCUUGUAUUUCUCUUGCCGCCAAGGUGGAGGAGACCCAAGUGCCCCUCUUAUUGGAGCUACAAGUGGAGGGAAGUAAAUAUGUGUUUGAGGCCAAAACUAUCCAGAGAAUGGAGAUUUUAAUUCUAUCCACGCUUAAAUGGAAGAUGAAUCCGGUGACACCACUUUCUUUUCUCGAUUACUUUACAAGGAGACUUGGGCUAAAAGACUACAUCUUGGGGGAUUUUAUCAAGAGAUGUGAGCUUAUCAUCCUCACUAUCAUUUCAGAUUCUAGGUUUAUGCAUUAUCUACCAUCUGUAAUGGGUACUGCUACAAUGCUUCACGUUCUUGACAGUAUAGAACCCUGUCUUGGAGGGGAAUAUGAAAAACAGCUAUUAGAUAUUCUAGCAAUCGACAAGGGCAAGGUUGAAAGACUGAAAAUGGAAUUGGCAAUAGAAGAUUAUGGCAACAAAUCCAAUAAGCGCAAGUUUGGUUCCAUUCCAGGCAGUCCAAACGGCGUAAUGGAUGUGUCAUUUAGCUCUGAUAGUUCCAACGAUUCAUGGGCAGUGGCAUUGUCAGUGUCUUCUUCGCCUGAGCAACUAUCAAAGAAAAGCAGGGCUGCGGAUCAGCUCUUGCAGAGUCUAAACCACGCCGCUUCAGAUUUCCUCACCAUUCCUCGCUAGCUAGCUCCUCUAUUAGUCAUCUAUCUUUCUUAUGAACUUUAUAGUCUCUGUGAUAAUCUUACUGUUCUUCUUUAUUAUCUGCAACCUAAAUUGCUUACCAUCUCUGCAUUUCCUAACCAAAGCCGAAUUCCGGUACUGGCAUUUCAUUUGGGUGAUGGUUAUGGACAUUUGGGAGUAGAGAUGGUUAGCAUUUCAUCCAGACAAGUUCAAAGAUCGUAGACAUAGCUACGAAGAGUCUGUAGCUUAUAUAAUUUUCAAUAAGAUAAUACUAUCGCUGUUCCCUUCUCUGUUAA